CGGUCUAAAUAUAGCAGCCUUCAACUGACAGGCGGACAUAUUGUAGGUUCUUACCACACGGAUUUGUUUUCCUUCAUGUUUUCAGACUAUUUUCAAACUAAGCGUAAGAAUAUAUUACAUUGAGAGUAACACAAAAGAAAGUCGAUUUUUGUGGAACCACAUUUUGUGGGUUAAAUUGGAGGGCGAAAGGGGAGCAGAGCAAACAAGCCGCGAGGCUGAAUAUGACUCAGGUCAAGAGUGGGGUCUUUACAUAACACAAGGAAGAGAGGAAUAACUUCAUGUGUUAGGCAUUGAACUGAUUCAACAUUUUAAGAUAAUGGCGCAUUUGAAGGUAUCACUUUUGGGAUUUGUCAUGCUUCUCCUUCAUGGACCCCAGGUCCAGGCAGGAUGUGCUGAAGUAGACUCCAUGACUGAGGCGGUGGCUGGGGAGAGCUUCCUGUUGGGCUGCAUCUCCUGUAAGAAAAGGGAGGAAGUGCUAGCAUCAACCACCGUAGACUGGUUCUUCAAGCCCAAUGGACAGGACAAUUUCGAUCAAAUUUUCCACUAUGAGUACCCAGUGCCUUUCAUUCUGCAUGAUGACUUUGAAGACCGUCUGGAAUGGCAGGGCACCAUGGGAACGAGCGAUGUGCAGAUCGGUGCCAUUUUCAUUCACAAUGUCACCUUCAAUGACACAGGGACUUACCGCUGCAACUUUGAGCGCCUCCUCUAUCUUCCCUAUGGAGACCAGCCUGUCACCGUCACUAAGGUUGUGGAGCUGUCUGUGGUGGCUGUAGGUAACCGGGAGAUGACGGCUGUGAUCUCUGAGAUCAUGAUGUAUGUGACGGUUGUGUUGCUGCAGCUGUGGAUGAUUGCAGUGCUGUUCUACUGUUAUAAGAAGAUCUCUGCAGAGAGCGAGGCCAGGGAGGCCCGAAAAGCACUGAAGGCUCUGAACAAAGUUAUGGAUACAAAGGAUACGUGUGAUGGUGUGCAUUUGGAAUAGCUUUUUAAGGUGGGUUGACAGAAGUGGCUACUGUGACGUUUGACAGCAACACAGCGCUGGAAGUCAUUGGGGUUGUCUGGCUUACGCUAGGUCAUACAGGGCACCAUCAACACCCCUCUCUCUCUCUGUCUGAAAGUUCAGGAUGCCUGAUGGUAUACCUAGCAAGACAUCAGCAGUUGACUUAUGAGUUCUAAUACAAAAAAGGACUGAGCUGUGUAUGAAGCAUGUCACAAGCUGGCCAGAAGAGCUGAUGAGGUGAAAUGGUCAAACCAUAGUAGAGCAUAACUGACUUGCUUAUUACUAAUUUGUCUAAAGACUGUAGAUGAUAGUCUUGGUUUUAUGAUGUGUUGCUGGAGAUACAUUGCCAUAAUAAUUAUAAUGCCAUUGUAAUGUAUCUAAUCAUUUAAUAUGGAGAUUAACCAGUUUUCAGAUGGGAUAUUGAACUUCAGUGAGGAAAAACAUACUGUAUUUGAUAAAUGUUAUGUGAAGUUGCGGUACUGCAAUUUUCCAGAUGGAUAUUGUGAUCUGCAUAUUUUUUCCUAAUAAGUAAAGACUAUUAUUUUCCAGUAGAAAUCGUUUAGUUGCACAUUUACUACUUUUGCCAUUAGUAAUACCCUUUGAAUUAGCUCACUAUUAACCACAAGCUUGUUAUCCUAUUGGAAUGUUUAUGAUGCUAUACUAUAUUGUCUUCUUGGUUGAAACAGCAGAACACAUGAUUUAACACGUGUUUUUUUUCAUUUUUUUUUCAUUUGAGCUGCAUGAUGGACGCCACAGAACACAUUUAUAAGAUAUAUACUCCAUUUUCUCCUUCUUAGGUUCUUAAUGAGUAAUAUUAUGGCAGGGUAGUCCUGAAUAAAGAAUGUACGGAAUGUUGUUUUUGCAACUGAUGAUUAAAAAGAAAAGACCUCUUUUGACAGCCAUUUGACGUUUCACCCAGAAAACAUAACCUGUCUGUACAUGCUCUCGUCGUUUCACACCAGUAUACGUUUUAUUAGAUGCCUGUAGGGGUCCAAAGCCAUCUCUGUGUAUUCUCCAAAUGGUAUCUUGCAUGUGUACACUUUUUCAUCCUGACAUCUCUUUAAUCUGAAGUAUCACCCCAUUUAUAUCUGGAUCUAAUAAUACACCAUUACAGCUUUGGCGAUAUAGAUGCAUAGGUGUUCAGUGUUCAUUUGUGUUCUGAUUAUGCCACUCAUAUAAGUCCACGCCAUCAUAUCAUAUCCAAGAGGGUCUAUAUUUUUUAUUGAAUAUCAUUUGGUGAUGGAGUAUGACCUUCAAGGACCAGUUUUUAAAAACUUUAAGUAUGGAUCAGAAUCCAGAAAGUGAAAUCUCUAUUUUCACAAUGUUUAAUUAGAAUACUUUCACCUAUUUUAGGGAUCUGACACUUAUCUGUAUUUGUCACUGUGAUGUCAAUUAUCAAAAUAUAAGGUUAUCUUAAUUUGUAUUUGAUUAUUAUUCGUUUUUAUGUGGCCAUCUGUUGGACACAUGAUGCCUCACUAUGUUUUUUAAAGAGGAACAGAUAUCAUAAGUGAGGCCACUAAGAGAGUUUACAUCUAUCAAAUUAUAUAAUCAUAUGGACAAACGUUGGACAGAGAAUCAUUGUCCACAUCAAUAAUAAUAUUAUGAACAUACUGUGUUGUU